UAGGGGUCUGGUGAAUAUAACUUCUCAUCAUUUCCUUAAAAUUCCAGAUCCAGCCAGGAGGUAGUGGCACACGCCUUUAAUUCCAGCAUGCAGAUCUCCAGGCCAGCCAGAGCUACACAGAGAAACCUUGUCUGGAAAACCGAAAAAAAUUCCCCCCAAAACAAAUAAACAAAAAACCCAAUCCAGAUCCACUCUUCAGGCUCCUAAACCACGCCCAUAUGGUGCUUUAGUAGGAAACUUCCAUGAGUGACAUCUUCCUUGGCCGGCCAAGGGGUUAAAUUCAGGUGCCCUAUGGGCUGCCCGGUUCUCAGGAGUGUGGAAGCACAAAGGCACAACCCGGACUGCGUAAUCACUCCACCCCUGGGAGGGUCCUACCCGGCUCUCAUCCCGGAAGUUCGCGGAACAGAAGUCCGGAAGUUCGAGGGGCUGUUCUCUCCCACUAGUCCUCUUACACGUCCCUCGGCGCCGGCAUAGGAGCGUGUCCUGCAGCUUUCCGGGUUCCGACCCGCCGUGCCCUGUACCGAUCACCCCUUGCGGAUCUGGAUCGGGCGCAGGGCAAACUGAGCAAACCGGGCGUGUGCACUCCUCUGGAGGAGCCAGCGGAACGGGCCGCUAGUGGAGCUUGUUGGUAACUGAAGCCAGUGGGAAGCAAAUUGUGUGCCUAACUAGGACUCUUGAGGAUGUAGGGUACGAAGCUUGGUUGCCCCUGGGUAUCCAAGGAGUCACUCAGAACUGGGGCUUUGGGUGUUAAUCCUAGAGGUUCUGCCGCAGUGUCCCAUUAAUUCGGAUGCAUUUGGGCCAUUGUUAGGUAGUCUGAGGUCAGUAACAGGGAUCUGACAAUUUAUGACUGUAGAGACACGAUGGUACUUUCACUUCCUGUUCUUGGUGGGAAUCUUCUGGAAGAUUCGGGUAAGGUGCCGGAAGCCUGAGUUUGUGUGUGUGUGUGUGUGUGUGUGUCGGGGCGGGGCAGGGCUUACUAAUGGAACAACCUAAAGAUGAGGGUUCAGUCAAGAAAAGGGUUCACAAGACUGGGGCUUGGAAAUAAGACCAGACCAACACUUAAUUUGUGAACUGUGUAGCCCCGACGCCCAUACAGAAUUGUGAGUUGAGGUAGGCUCAUGAGAGAAAGGAGUUCGGGGUCUGCUGUGGACCUUCCCCUGGCCUCCUAACUGGACUGAUGCGGUGCUGCCUAUGUGCAGUGGUUGCAGGCUUCAGCUGUGUUUUUCCAAGCCUGGUCGACUGUGCAGCGGAGCCCAGGUUCCAAGGAUGUAUAUGCAGGUGGAGACACGCACCAGCACCCGCCUCCAUCUGAAGAGGGCUCCAGGUAUCCGGUCCUGGUCCCUGCUGGUCGGAAUAUUAUCCACUGGCCUGGCUGCUGCCUAUUACAGUGGAGAUAGUCUGGGUUGGAAGCUCUUCUAUGUCACAGGCUGCCUAUUUGUGGCUGUACAGAACUUGGAAGACUGGGAGGAGGCCAUUUUCAACAAGAGCACUGGGAAGGUCAUCUUAAAAACAUUCAGCCUCUACAAGAAGCUGCUGACUCUUCUCAGAGCAGGCCACGAUCAAGUGGUGGUCCUGUUGAAAGACAUCCAGGAUGUGAAUGUGGAGGAGGAAAAGGUCCGUUACUUUGGGAAGGGCUACAUGGUGGUGCUCCGGUUUGCAACAGGCUUCUCCCAUCCCCUCACUCAGAGUGCAGUCAUGGGCCGACGCAGUGAUGUGGAAGCCAUUGCCAAACUCAUCACUAACUUCUUGGAGCUGCACCGCCUGGAGAGUCCCUCAGAACGGUCACAAAGCAGCGACAGUGAACAGGAUGGCCCUGGUGGCCAGAGCUGACAGUGUGGAAUGGCUGCUGGUAAAUGUCACCCACUUCUGAUGCGUCUCCAACUGACUUGUCAAUUAUAAGGGUACAGGCAGAUCUUGAGUACCUGCCUUUGGCUCCUUGGGCAGUUCUACAGACCACCUGCCUUUUGCUUGUUUACGCUUCUACACUUUGCAGAACCCCAGGCUAGACCUCUUCCACAACCCAGAAAGGUUGCAUCUGUCAGGACGCAGGGGGUGGAUGCUACUUCUAGGGGACGGCAAGGUCUCAGAAAUUAGCACGUUCCCCAGAGUUACACUGCAGCUCUGGGUUGGGCAGCACAGCCUGGUCUGGACAAGCUCACCCAAGGGCAAUCUGAAGCAAAAGAUGCCAAGCUUUCUUCAGCGCAGGCCUAGUACCUGCCUUCAAGACUCCACUUCAUGUGAGAGUGAGACAUGCAUAUAGGAGGACUCACUCCUGUCCACAAUGGUGUCUACUCUCUCAGACCAUCCAUCAAGAUGGAUACUCUCAGUGGUUAGGGGCUUCCCUGAAGGCAACUCUGGAUGCCGGAUGCCUGGCCACAGAACUCUCAGAGAAAUCUGAGUGCUGCUGACUACACUGUUCCUUUUGGUCCACUUGUCUGAGAUCCCAGCAGUACUGGAGCACAGCUGUCAGCAAUGGAAGGCUCUCCCAACCCAACCUGGGAAGAAGCUGCUGGUGGAGAAAAGGUCACCUCUUUUGGCAUCCUAUAGCCUUUAAGACCUGGGAGAUCCUCUACAGAAACUGAGUCAGCCUUUCAAGCCUUGAAAAGACUGAAGAAAAUAGGCAUGUGGAAACAAAGCCCAAAAAUCCCAGUGUUGAGAAGUGAGGCGGGAAGAAGGUUCAAGGCCAGCCUGGGCCAUGGCCUCUUCUAAUAAAAUUUGGUACCAACCACUGUAAUGGUCCUUCUCUGCUCUUCUCGUCUCCUUCUGAGUGGACCCAAGUCCCUCAAAAGGACAUUGUUUACUAAGUUCCCAGCUUGGCCGAAAAGCUCUGGAUCUCUGGUCUACAAACAGCUCCUCAAAGCUGCAUAUGCAUACCUCAUAGGUAGAACUGGGAAAUUAAAGAGUUAUAUAGACCAAGAAGUUAAGGCAGCCUUGAGGCCACUGUACCUAGGCUGAGCACAGUAGUUAGGCAAGAACUAGUCCUGACUUAGGGAACAUGGUCUCUUGAACAUGCCAAAGUGAGCUUUUAAAGUGGUUAAGUUAAGAGAUUUCCCAGAUGAAAUGUGAAUGAUAGCUUGUUGGGUUUUGGCUUGUUGCCUACACACUCUUAAGGUGCUUUAGACGAGAGGAAGGGGUCUGUCUGUUAGGUGCUGUCAUAUCCCCUUCUGAUAUUGCCCAGGGCUGAGACUCAUUCCUGGGUGAAGGCAUUAAAUUCUCUGUGGGGGUAAAAAGUUGAUUGAAGUUUCUGUUGGUGGGACUUUCACUUCUGGUCUUUUUAUUUCAGGAGUAAUAAAGCUCUACAUG